AUGGCUACCCCAAUCGAGAGCCACCCUCGGGCAAGCCUUCACCCGUUAUGGGCACCUUCAUAUAACCAAGGCGGAUUCCCUCGUUCCUCGACUUCAAGCAGACCUACCGCCCCUAGCUCGUAUUACAGCCCAUCCGAUCGUUCACCCAAAAGUCUGCCUACUCCGGUAUUUCCUUCCAACGAUGGCUCAAUGAGACAGCAUGAGCGCGCCAUGGUCGACCGCCUCGGCUCCAGACUCCGACAAGCUCCAGGUUCCGGCGACCUUAGCCCGCCCAAGUCAACAAACCGGCCGAGCCCGCUUUCUCCUCUCGCAAAGCACUCAGCAAGCGACGGUAGACGUUAUUCGGCUGCGCCUAUUAGCCCUCGCCGGCCGGGUCCGCCGCCAUCAGCAUCUCCGGUCUCACCACCUAUGGCCAGCAGUGUACGGAGGCAGACUCUCGCAGCGGAAACUCGAUCGAUGCUUCUCGCCGGUUUGGGCGAAGAGGCACAACGACGACAGUCUGUGGCAGGGCCUGGAUAUGUCGCCAGAUCCAGGGAGGCCGAGAAGCGCGUCCAACUCGAGCAGCUGCGCGCAUGGGGUCAUGUGUAUCUUGGUGAUGCCAAAACCUCCGACGUCUUUGUUCAAGCUGUUUCUCUUAAUCGUCGAAGCUCUAAUGCGAGCACCAACUCGGAUCAAUCUGCUGGAGGUUCUUCGUCCCCACGAAUGCCGUCCACGCCGACUCUCCCACCCCACCAGCGUCAAAUGAAGUUUGGAGUUCGUCCUCGGGCCCUCGAACGCAAACCAAUGCUCAUCACUCACACUUUCGAUAUUGAGCAGUUGCGCUCCACCAUCGCGGACCCAUUGCCAAGCCCUGUUCCCGCGGAUCAAAGAAGGCGGCCAUCUCUGCAUACUCAGGCCACUUCACCGCUGCCAAAGGUCUCAUCUCCUCGACCGAGCGCGGCACGAAGGCGGUCGAGCAGUGCAAUUCACAGCACGCUCCCUUACAGCCGCGGGCUAAAAUCUGGAGAUCAUCGCGCGGCUUCAUCGCGUGGCGCCGACACUAUACCAAUCCAUCUCCAAUACGCCCGGUCCUCACUCCCGGUGUUGGCCGCUAUCAUCGUCUCCGGUACUGUGCAGGCUGGCGACGUUGUCGAAUUGCCACUACCGUAUCCCGAAGUGUGGUCCCAAACAGUCACCUAUGUCUACACGGGACAAGGGGACUUGACGGAUGCAGUCAAAGAAAACAUCCUCUACCUCGCAGGAAAGGUUUAA